ACUCUGAUCUAUAUAAUCAAUACUUUCUCUCGACAAAUCUACCUCAGCUAUAAUUCUUGCACGUGCGGUCAGUUACGGAAAGCCACCCGGCGCAUACGAAUACGAUACUGUCUAUCAUAGUUCAAGACAAUCUCUCCCUGAGGCACAGCAAACAUGGCCCAACAAAAUCGGUUAAACACUUACGUUCAGGGCUACUCCAACUGUACCCUCGCAACCCAUCAGACGCGUACGGCCGAGUCGGAUGCUGCCUUUCUCUUGCCACACAUCAAAAAGACAGACCACAUUCUCGAUAUUGGCUGCGGGCCAGGCACCAUUACCACGGGCUUAGCCAAAUAUGCUAGCGAGGGCAGAACAGUCGGAAUUGAUAUUUCAGCAGACGUUCUGCAGAAGGCGAAAGCACUGGCAGCUCAGGCCAACGUCCCCACCCAAGGGCCAGGCUCUGUUGUCUUUGAGGAAAGCAACGUCCUGGAGGGGCUUGCCUACCCCGACGAUACAUUCGACAUCAUCUACUGCGCUCAUCUCUUCGGACAUCUGCUGCCAUCACCAGAUAUGCCACUCCGGGUGCUGACUGAGAUACGACGGGUCCUGAAACCGGGAGGCAUCGUGGCCACGCGCGACGCAGCGGACCAGCACUUCUACCCGCGGAGUCUGGACCUGGACCGGCUCUGGGUACGAAAUUUAAUGCGGGCAGUGAGUAAGGGGGCAUCUGAUGCUGAGCCCGUGGCUUCGAGCAUGCCUGCGCUUUUACGUCGCGUUGGCUUUGACGCUGACGGCGGCAAGGUCCGUAUCGGCGCCGGAACUACGGUAUACUCAGGCCCUGAAACUAGGAAAUGGUUGGCCUGGCGUGCCACCGGCCAGCUGAAGCAGGGAGAUCCCUUCUACCAGAGCUGGCUGGAUGCAGGUAUCACUGAGGACGAGAUCCAGCAGACGCUACUUGCCGUAGAGAAGUGGGCGGAUACAGAGGAUGCUUGGUUUGCGGCGCUGAAUUGUGAGAUGCUCGCGUGGAAGUAAUCUGGACGGGUUCGGAGGGCAACAGCCAGAGACGGGGAAGAUAUUUACCAGUUUAUGACCCGACUCGAGAAUUAAUAUAGACAGAUAGCUCAUAUGUCUGCUUCCCAUUCAUUCUUCGCUGUACUGGUGAACGUCACGUGACUUAUACUUAGAAGAUAGCCAAUCAGCGUGUCCUGCUAGUUAUCAGUUAGCA